UGCUUCAUAUCUCCCGGGAGAAUCUCUAUAUCUCUAUAUCUCGGUGCAGACGAUGCUCCGGCUAAGCAACGCCGUCGUGAUAACGGUGAACGCCCUCCUCGCGGUGGCGGGCUUAACGGCAGUAGGGUUUUCUGUCUACGUGUUCAUCCACGGCCCAUCACAAUGCCAACGCUUCAUCCAAAACCCUCUGAUCGUAACAGCAACUCUCAUCUUCUUCGUCUCGUCCUUGGGCCUCAUCGCCGCUCUGUACGGUAGCCACGUCAUCAUGACGCUCUAUCUCAUCGUCCUCUUCCUUGCCAUCCUCUUCCUCAUAGUCUUCACCGUCUUUGUAUUCCUCGUCACCAAUCACUCCGCCGGAGAAGCUUUCUCCGGCAAGGGAGUUGGUCGUGUGAAGACCGCCAAUCUCGAGAACUGGGUCAGGGACCAUCUACUUCGUGGGAAGAACUGGGAUGGGAUCAGGAGGUGCUUGUCUGAAUCUAGGGUUUGUAAGAGUUUUGGUGGCCAUCGCGUUGACUUUUACUCCAACCAUCUCUCUUCCGUCCAGUUUGGAUGCUGCCGACCGCCGGCGGAGUGCGGCUUCCAGUCGGUGAAUGCCACGUGGUGGACGCCGGCACCGCCGCCGAGAAUGGCAGAUGCGGAGAACGGAGACUGUAAGGCGUGGAGCAACGUGCAGAACCAACUCUGCUUCGGGUGCGAAUCUUGCAAGAUCGGAGUUCUCAGCGAGUUCCAACGAGAUUGGAAGUCUCUCCUCGUCUUCAAUUCUUGUCUUCUCCUUCUUGUCGUCUUGCUCUACUCUUUUGGUUGCUGUGCCCGAAGAAACAACAAGGUCCCAUGGAAGCGCCGUUUUGUCUGAUAUAUACAUACAUAUAUAUAUAUAUAAUCAAUCUUUGUUAUUUUAAGUUUAUGUUUUAUUGGUCAAUAUAUUAAAUGUUCUGUUAUAUUCUUUUGGGUUGGAGGGUGAAUUAUGUAUUGUUUUUUUUUGUAUAUGGGGUUGUAGGGAUUUGGAAUGAAUUUAUAUUGUUUAGGAAAA